AUGCCGAUCAUCGCGGGACGCCGCCCACAGGGGAGAAGAGAGCAACUGAACGCUCCACACUGUCGCGCUCGAGCUCCCGCCAGACGCGCCCGAAUGGACGCGCUCGCCGCGUACGGCUCGGACUCCUCCGACCGGUCCUCGCGGGGCGCCUCGCCCGCGCGUUCGCCCCCUCGGGCCGCGGAGCGCGACCCGCCCAUCCCAGCGGCUCCGCGCACCGCCCGGCCGGUCGACUACGGCGUGCACGUGUACUGCAGCGUGCCCUCGUCGGACGCCGUGCUGCACACGAUCCAGGACAAGAUCGAGCGGCUGCACGCGGGGCCGUGUCCGAGCAUACACACGCUGGAGCCGGGCCCGGACGGGCACUCGCUGCCGUCCGGGAGCACCAGCCUGGUCCGCAGGCGCGCGGAGAGGCGCGGGAAGGCGAUCGGCGGGACGACGGCGUACCAUUUAAGUCUCUGUCGGCCCUGCAGGAUCAAGUACUCGCAGAUUGAGGACGUCCUCUUCUCGCUGCGGCACGCCCUGCACUCUCUGAAACACCCCUCCGGGCCUGCGAGGAACGGAGCGGCGCCCGGGGUGUACCUCACCAUGGGCGAGAUGAGCACGCUCACCGGCGGCGACAACCCGCGGGAGUUCCUCGUCGUCAAGGUCGACGCGGGGGCCGAGUGGGCCACGUCGGCCAUCCGGCGCGUGGACGCAGCGCUGGUGCUGCACGAGCUGCCGCGGUACCACCGGGAGCCCGUGCCGCACGUGUCGGUGGCGUGGGUGCCCGGGGAGGAGGCGGAGGCGCUGCGGCGGGAGGUGCGGCCGGGCGGCGCGGCGGCGGGGAGUUUUGCAGACUGGGGGGGGGAGUCCGAGCAUGGGUGGACAGCGACGGUGGAUCGGAUCAUGUGCCGGGUGGGGAUCACGGACUACCGCGUGUGGCCUUGGGAGGAGUAG